CCCGUUUUCAAUCCAGUUUGACGCAUUGGGAGCUCACCAAACAAACGUGCACAAAUAUGCAACGGUCACAGACAAAUGUCAUCGACACCGUCUGACUCUCCUAGGGUCUCCCUCCCAACCUCUCCUUCCCUGCCUUUCUGCCUGCCUGCAUUCCUGCCUGCCUUCACUAUGCCACGACACAUGUGAAUGCCUCAGCCGUCGUCGUCCGCCUGCUUCCCAUCAUUGGCUGCUCUCGGCGGCAGGUAGCUGGCGGACAGCGGCGGCUGCACGGGCGGCCGGAACUCAUGAGCCUCAUCCAGCGGAUAGUUGCGGUCGGCGUCAAGGUCGCCAGUCAGGUCGCCACAGGACACAAACGGCACCACCGCCAUGCCGCCCUUGGCGUCCACCUGCCGCAUCAGCUCCUCAGCCCAGUCGUUGAAUGAUCCCCCGCCCCAGCCACCACCAGAGCCUUCUGGCUGGCGGCCGAUGAAGUCCCGGCAGACGACGAAGGCCUCGAAGCUGGAGUUGCGUGAGCUGGCGGGCUUGCAGCAGCUCACCUGCCGGAACAACACCUGCAGCUGCGCGUACAGCAACGGAGCGUUCUCGCCGCGAAAAACCUUGGCCACCAUGGUGCCGCCCGGCCGCAGGAGGGCGGUGGUGAUGCGGAGGGCCGACAGCAGAAGCUGCGACUGGAUGUACUCGUCCAGGUCGUGCAUGCCCGUCACGUCGGGCGCCCCGUCACACAGCACCAUGUCGGCGAGAUUGCCGUCGAAGUGGGAGAGGAUGGCAGACGCCGUCGAGGGGCUCGUGAUGUCACCCUGCAGCGUUACCACGCCAUCUAAUGGGGCCAUCUCUUGCAGAUCCACCGAGACAAUAAGAGGCGGACCAUGCUCGUCAUCAUCUCCCUUGGCUGCUGCAUCAGAAUGCCGCUUCACCAAUCUGUCACGGCAGACCUGCGACCAGCUGCCCGGCGCGGCGCAGAGGUCCACAACGCGGCGAGUGGCGGGCGUGAAGAGGUCGAAGUGGUCGUCGAGCUGCAGCAGCUUGUAGGCGCUCCGGGCUCGGUAGCCUUCCUCUUUGGCACGCCGAUAGAAGAUGUCACGUCGGUCCUUCGACAGCUUCCCCAUUAUCGAUGAAAGCUGUCAAUGCUCACGCACGACAGCAGCGCUAGGACGUCUUUCUGCUGAGGUUCGAACAGCG